GGCAACACUGCUGUGUGGGUAAUGGACGAGGCCAGAUGUGCAGGAGGAGGCCAGAGUCGGAGCGAUUCGCCUAUAUAAGGCUUAAAUAGGGCCGCGCUUGGCACAGUGUCUUGCGGAGCUGCUUUCACUUGCCAGUCGUAGUGCCAGCCAAACGGGCGACAAAUCGGUCGAACAAAAAAUCACCAAUCAGUGGAUAAAAGACCAAUCCCAACGAAAUGAAAGUGCUUAUACUCAUCUCGAUGCUUGCUCUGUCCUGCCACGGCCAGCAUCAGCACCAGCAUCAUAACCAGCAUCACAGCGCCAACAACAUACCGCGGGACGAGAAGCCCGACCAUCAUCGCCACGAGGAUCUGCGCGAGACGAGUACAUGGAUACCCAUUCUCAAGUACAACAAGGAACAGAGCGAGGACGGCAGCUACAAGACGGAGUACGAGACGGGCAACAACAUCAUCCACGAGGAGACGGGCUUCCUCAAGGACUUUGACACGAAUCCGAAUGGAGUCCUGGUCCAGCAUGGCCAGUACUCGUACCAGUCACCGGAGGGCCAGCUGGUAAACGUUCAGUACACGGCCGAUGAGAACGGCUUCCGUGCCACAGGCGACCACAUACCCACCCCGCCCGCCAUACCCGAGGAGAUCCAGAAGGGACUGGACCAGAUCUAUGCUGGCAUCAAGCUGCAGCAGGAACGACUCGAGCAGCGGGCCAAAACGGACCCAGACUUUGCCCGGAAGCUGGAGGAGCGUCGCGUUGCCAAUCAAAAUGGGCAAUAUAUCGGUCUGCUCGAGAAUCAAUAGAUGUGUGUUCUUCAGAUUCCCCCAUCCUUUCCACCCCCCACCGAACUGAUGAUCCUGGAAACGUGCUGAAAACAUUUGCUAAACAUUACUAAUCCGCCAACCAACAUUCCCCGCCAGAACAACAACAACAAUAAGACUGUGAUUUCAUUUGCAAAUUCUUCCAAAAAAUCCCAUUUGGAAUCUGAAAUCUGGAACCAUUCUCCGCUCGGCAAACUAUAUCGACUAACAUGAAAUUUGCAUAACUAAGAUCCACUUACAGAAACACACACGCACACACACACGCACACGCACUCAUCGCAUCGGGCACUCAAUAAAUUAUAUUUUUGUUAACGAGUGUGAAAGUUUUGCCGCUAUAAAACAAUAAAAGAAAAACUAACGUUUCCAUUA